AUGAUUUUCAAACUAGUCGGGUCACAGAUCUUUUCAUACUGCAUGACUAUCUGGGCUAGGGUUCAGUCGCUGCUGUGUUCAUACUGCAUGAUGGAUCGGCGACAGGGGUUUUCACACGGCAUGACUUUACCAUGGGAAGAAUCGCCGACAACUUCCUCCCGGCCCGCAAACUCCAAACACUCGCGAGAAUUGACAAGGAAAUAACGCAAGAUCACGCGUACGAGUUCUCAUCCGGGACGGGAUUAUUAUGAAAAAUGGUAGCCCGCAAGAAGCUUGCUAUACGAAUUGCAUGUGUGCUCAUUUGCAGCGAAAAAGAGAAAAAGAAAAGAUUAUGGAGGAGGAAAUGGUUGGGGAGACGCGAGGAGCAAGGAUUAUGCGUUCUGCAACGAGAGUUGGAGAUGGAUGAUCAGACUGGGUUCAGGAAGCUGCUGCGGAUGACAGCAGAGGAGUUCGACAUCCUGCUGGGGAUGGUCGGACCUCUGAUAACCAAGCAGCACACGCAAAUGAGACGGGCAAUAUCCCCAAAAGAGCGCCUAGCUGUGACCAUGCGGUUUUUGGCAACAGGUGAAACAUUUAGUUCCCUCAGUUUCCAGUACAGGGUUGGGGUCAGCACUGUUUCUGAUAUUGUUAUGGAAACCUGUGCUGCUUUGUACAAGGUCAUGAAAAAAGACUUCCUCAAGACACCAUCAACAGAGGCAGAAUGGCGGGCAAUAGCCCACGAGUUUCAAUCUAAAUGGCAAUUCCCACAUUGCCUAGGUGCGCUUGAUGGUAAACACAUCCGUAUACAGCCUCCAGCAAAAAGUGGCAGUCUCUACCAUAACUGCAAGUCCAGCUUCUCUGUGAUAUUGAUGGCUGCUGUGGAUGCUGAUUACAAGUUCAUAUAUGCCAGUGUGGGUACUCAAGGUAGAGUUUCUGAUGCUGGACUAUUCGCUCAGUCAGACUUGCGCCAAGCAAUGGAUCAGGGCCUGCUGAACUUCCCUCCACCCGAACCAUUGCCCAGCAGUGGUAUAAUGAUGCCAUACAUGUUUGUGGGUGAUGAGGCAUAUCCUUUAAGACCUGAUCUCAUGAAGCCAUACCCUUACAGACAAAUGGAUCACAGUCAACGGGUACUGAACUACCGUCUGUCAAGAGCGCGUCGAGUGGUCGAAAAUGCAUUCGGCAUUCUUGCCAACAGGUUACGAGUUUUUAGGAGCACCAUAUGCUUGGAGCCAGAAAAGGUAGUUAAAAUAACGAUGGCCUCCCUAUGCAUCCAUAACUUUCUCCGUGAGCGCAGAUCUGAGGCCUACACACCUCCAGCCUUUGCAGACUGGGAGAACAAUGACCACAGCAUAGUUGAAGGAAUCUGGAGGAAUCAAGGAACAGGGUCUUUCCAACCAGUGUCUCAUAGAGGGCAACGCAAUGCAUCUGUUGUGGCAAAAACGCAACGAAACCUUCUGUGUGACUAUUUUGUCUCACCUGCAGGUUCUGUUCCUUGGCAGGAAAGGUACAUUUAGUAUUGUAAGGAUGUCAGUAAUUAUUUUUGUAGUGGAGAAAACAGUGUUUCAAUCUGUCAGAUUUCAUACUGUAGCAUAUUGGUCUUUAUUUUGAUGAAAAGUGCCCUUGUUAAAAAAUAAAUGGUGCUUCUGUUAUUGAUAGGCAUUAGGCAUAAAAUGAUACUUUGUAUAUCCUUUAUCUUCAGACCAUAAGAUCGGUGUAUAUUUUGACAUUAAUAUUUGAAAUAGCACACAAACUCAGACGUUUUUUUUCCAUUUCUGUCAAACAUUUAUUAAUAAAGUGCAAACCAUAAAAGUGCUAUGCUUUUCAAUAAAGUGCUGACCAUUACUGCACAAAUUCUGACUCAGUUUGUUAACACUGCAAUGGUAACAUUCUUUUAUAACAGUACAAUACAUUUGUUAACACAAUGUAAACUGAACGGUACAUUUACUAUUAAGUAAAAUAACAGAACAUCUGAACAAAACAAAGUAAAUCAAAAGGCCAGCUUUUCACUGAUUUUCAAUGUUAUCAUGCUGUUGCAAUGUUUGCAAAAAACUUUGAGGUCGAGGACCCUGAAGUGGCAUGUGUUGUGUGUAGGUCUGUACUGGUGGCAAAGGUGUAACAAUGGGCUGGAAUGUGUAUGGUGCCGAUGGUGAAUGUAAGGAAGAGGAUCCAUUUCUUUCAGCAUCUUGAGCAUCAUAUAUCAUGUUCAUAAUGUUCCUUUUCAAUCUGGUUACAGAAGCUGUGUCUUGAAAUUGCCUUAAUUCAGCUGCUACCUGAUUUCCAAAAGUACUGAAUGUAUCCGGUGUUGGCUCAACCUCUACUUUUGCUGCCAUUUGCUUCAAAACAGCUAGCUUCUGCAGCUC